CUUGUUCCUCUUUCACUUUGUCGUUUUGGCACACCAGCAGAAAGUGCCUGGUCCUGACAAACUGCUGCUUCAGCCACGAUGUCCCUGCACUGUCAGCUCAUUCUGGUGCUUUUCAUCGCUGUGGCCUCAGCCACCAAUCCUGGAGUAAAGGUCAAGCUAACAGAAAAAGGCCUUGAAUAUGGCAGACAACUGGGCAUGGCUUCAAUCCAGCAGAAACUCAAGACCAUCAAAGUCCCAGAUAUUUCAGGGAAGGAGAGAGUGCCUCCCAUCGGCAAAGUCGAGUACAGCUUGUCACAUAUGCAGAUAGUGAAGUUGGGAUUACCCAAGUCUGCAGUGGAUCUUGUGCCGGGGACUGGCAUCAAACUGUCCAUCAGUAACGCCUACAUCAGUCUGCAUGGAAACUGGAGGGUCAAGUAUCUCCGGAUAAUAAAGGACAGCGGCUCAUUUGACCUGAAUGUGAAUGGACUCACCAUCACUUCAAGCCUCGCCAUCAAGAGUGACGAGACAGGCCGACCGACAGUCAGCAGUGUCUCCUGUGUGGCCACUGUGGGCAGCGUGAGCAUCAAAUUCCAUGGUGGAGCCAGUUGGCUGUACAAUCUUUUCAAGAACUUCAUCGAUAAGGCUUUGAGAAAUGCACUGCAGAAACAGAUCUGCCCUCUGGUGGCUGAUGCAGUAAAUGACUUGAACCCUCAUUUGAAAACACUCAAUGUUCUGGCCAAGGUGGACCAGUAUGCAGAGAUCGAAUACUCCAUGGUGUCAUCGCCCACAGUUUCAAAGUCCUCAAUAGACUUGAACUUGAAGGGGGAGUUUUACAACAUAGGGAAGCAUCAGGAGGCUCCGUUCUCCCCCACAGCCUUUUCCCUGCCUCCCCAGAACGACGACAUGUUGUACAUAGGCAUGUCUGCCUACUCUGUCAACUCUGCUGCCUUCGUCUACAACAAAGCUGGAGCCCUCAGUCUGUACAUCACUGACGACAUGAUCCCGCAAAGCUCUCCCAUCCGACUCAACACCAGGACGUUUGGAACCUUCAUCCCUGAGAUUUCCAAGCGUUUCCCUGGUCUGAUGAUGAAACUGCUGGUUCAGACUGUGAAAACUCCCGUAAUCACCUUUCAACCUAACAACGCCACCACUCAGGCCAGCUGCACGGUGACAGCCUACGCCAUCCAACCCAACAGCACACUUUCCCCUCUCUUCAUCCUGAACUUGGAGACCAGUGUCAGCGCCCAGGUGUUUAUCAGUGGCAUGAGGGUGGCUGGAGCUGUCUCCCUCAACAAAAUGGAUCUGACCCUGAGGACCAGUUACGUGGGAGAGUUUAAGGUCAGAUCCCUCGACAACAUCCUGCAGAUGGUCCUCAAAGUCGUAGUGAUACCCAAACUGAAUGUUCAACUUGCGAAGGGAUAUCCACUUCCUGCGAUUGGAAAGAUGAAGCUGGUGAAAACUCAGCUUAAGGUCCUGAAGGACUACAUGCUGAUUGGGACAGACGUUCAGUUUACAGGUUAAACUGCAUUCUUCAAAACUCCCACGAUUGCUUCCUGAACUGGAGCACACCACAGCAAGACUACAACCAACUCACUGACAUUUUUGAAGAAAGAAUUUCUCCCACUAACCUGAGAAAUGUUGUCACUCAGGUUUUUUUAAAUCUUUGUAUUAUUUUUUAAUUUUAAAUAAUUCUGCACAGUGUUUCCCUCAUGAGAGCAGUGAAUAUUUUCCACCACUGCAGUCCUGUCACAACAGGCAACAUUCUGCAGGAAGACAGUGUCCCCUUAUUGAAAUGAAAUGCUCCUUCACAGCGCUUUCUGUUGCUGACAAAUUCAAUCUCAAAGUUUCUCUGUGACUCACAGAGCGAUUGUACAAAUGUGCUGAUCCAUGAUGUUUUUUUAAACCGGUUAAAGUUCCAGUGUGUAAGAUUUAGGUGAAAGGGAUCUAUUGGUAGAAAUGUAAUGUAGAAUAAUUCUCAUGAUGUUUUCACUAGUUCGUUUCAUCUUAACUGUAUGAAUUGUAGUUUUCUUUACCCCAGAAAAGACCCUUUAUAUUUAAAUACUUUAUAUUUACAUGGAGUGGGUCCUCUCUACGGAGGCCGCCAUGUUUUUGACAUUAGUCCAAACUGGACAAACUAAACAGCUUUUGAGUUUUUAUGACAACUGAAGUUCAUCACAGGUUCUUCUUCAUGUUUGGAAGGAGAGGGUGAGGUGAGGGGUGUUCAGCUGCAACAUGCAAUUUCAACACUAGAUAUCACUAAAUUCUACACACUGUACCUUUAAGAGAACCAAAAAAGAUCAAAUCCAUGACAUCAAUCAAACUUUUGUUUUAAUUCACAUGGUCCAGAAAGUUUCAGUAUCCUGUGCAGUUCAAUAUGUACAUACACAUAGACGCACUGACUGUAUAAAUAACACCUUACAAGUUUUAGUAGCUCAUCAGAGCAGUCCGGUGUGACUGUAGGAUGAGCAAAAUGUCUGUGAUGUCCUCAAACGAGAGAAGGAGAAUCAUGUCUACUAAAAAAGAAGAGUAGGUUUCCU